AGGACCUCAACUUCUAUUCCGAAAAGCUCCCAUUUAACAACUAGAAAACCAAGUACCUAGCUGUCCGGGACGAGAGAAGUGCAAUAUAGUGUUUUUGUUGAAGAGGCUCUGUUUUGCAGGAAGGCCGAAGUUGCUUUCUCUCACCCAAGGGCCUGCUGACUUUUCGCUGUUUUCGCAGCCUUGGGCAUUUUCAUUGCAUCCAGCACCAAUAGAAUGUCAGAACCAGAACAAGCUACGCAUCAGGUGCUCCGCCGCUAGCGCAGGUCUGAUUGGCUAGGACCGUCGAGGGCCAUCGCAACACUUCUGGCAUACGUCAGCGCCACUUGUACUCCGGUCCUAGAGCGCAGCAACACAGACAAUCAAGGGAAGGAGCUCCGUUACUGCGGAAGCAUUCUGGAGUACUUUAUUCCCCGCCCUGUUGUACUAGUUUCUUGACGAGCCCAAUCCAUCUUCGCCCACCAUGUCGAAUAUGCGGGCGUUUCCGAUCGCGGCCACGAAGGACCACCACCGGAAGGAUUUUUCCCGGCCGGACAAUGAGGUGGGGACGACGACCGGCAUGGGCCGAGAGGAUUAUGAGCACCUGAAAUCCAUGAUGGGAGAUCGCGGUGGGCACAGAGCCGAGGAGUCUCACCGUGUCCGCGCCCCCGGACCCAUGGCUGCGAUGGCCCCGAAUUUCGGUUUGGUGCAAACAAUGAGGAGGGGACGUACUGAUUUUCUUGUGUGUAGUAGUUUCGUUGACAUUUGAAGAAGAAAGAGUUGAAAAAUCAAUCGCUCAUUGAUUUCUGCAUUGUAUGAUGAAUGUUGUUGUACUAACUUCUCCGGAGGACUACACGCAUUGAAAAGAAAAAUUCCACACAAUAUCAGCCGGUCUCUCCGCACCCGUAGCAGUGAGCUCUCCUUCCGCAGUGUCCCCAGAAACUUCCCCAACCGCUGCGAAAGCAGCCGGCCCGGCCCCGCCGGAAACGGAGCCGGGCAAGCCACCAAGUAUGGUCGACUCCGCUUCGGUACCGGCUUUGCAGCGCGUGGACUCGGCGGUAUGAUUGGUUGGUUUUUAUACACUUGUUACUCAACCUAGCCUAUGGGAGGCAUCACUUGACUUUUUUUUCGACACAAAGUUCCGUAUUGACGAUUCUCCUACUUCUUCUCACACCCAGAUCGCCGGCAUCCAGCAGCAAACCGGCGUGGAUCUCGCUGCGGCCCAGGUCGCGCUCCCCCAAAAGCCCCCCGCCGAGCCGCCCAGUCCCGAGGGCCCGGCGACGGCGGAAGAGGCAACGGCGGAUAAACCGUUCGAGGUGAAGACCAGAAGACAGCGGCUCUACGAGGAGAAGCAGAAGCAGAUUUCCGACUUUGCGACGAGAAAGCGUUUCGUCGACUUCUGCGUCGAGUUCCUCGACACGGUGAGGGGCGGGGAGUUUAACAAGUGCGUCCGUUAUGCAUUGCAAGAGCAUCGUACUAGUAGGAACAGCAUAUACAAAUUUCUCCAGAAGGAAAAAUGUUGGAAUUUGUAAUGCUAAAUUGAACGAGAUGAAACCAGAUUUGUCAGGCUGGGCUGCCAUUCGUACGAGUGCGAUACUUUUGCAUUUGAUAUCCGCAUUCUGGACACCAUCCAGCAAGUCGAUCGGGUCCGCGACCCCGAAGCCCCGGGCGGCCGGACGUUCUUCAUGCAAACCCGGAUGCUGUCCAACAACGAGAAGUCGUUCCACACCUACGACGACACGCUCUUCGAAGUGGUCAACUACGUCGACCCCCGGAACAAUUUCACGCCGCUGCUCUGGGCCUGCAUGCACGACGACCACCGGAUCGCAGAUUUGCUGUUAACCUGCAAGGCCAACCCGCAGGUGCAGCAUCCGCUUAAAAAAUGCGUGAUCUGGAACCGACCGAUGUGCGCGGAAGUGUUGGUCAGGCACGGUGCGGAUAAGUUGCAAAGGGACGAGACGGGGAAAAUACCCUUCGACUACAUCGGAGUCAAGAAAACAGAGAGCAUUUGGAACAAGUAUGAUAAAACUUUUUUUUUGAUGUCAGGGGUUGUUUCUGGAGCCUGUUCUUCUCCUUGGUUCUGCAGUCUUUGCUUCUCAGGCUGCAACACUGUUGAACAAGCGCACAAAUGUAACAGCACCGAGGACGCCGAGGGCACCGGUAGCGAGGCCGGGAGUCCGCAGAAAAUACAAACUGCGGGGAAGAACAGCAAGAAGAAAUUGGCGGCCAAGGUUUUCGACACGGCGACGCAGAAGGCCGCGGAGAAACAAUCUUUCCUCGAGGAUGACCAGACAUUUAUGCGGGAAUUGCUGAAACCCACCGAAGAGGAUUACGUCUUCUUGCGCAAAAAACAGCAGGAAAACGAGCUGAAGCCGAUUCAGCUGUGGGCCUCUUCGCUGGAAGAAACCGCGUUUGUGCAAGAUUUGACCCAACCACCGCUGUUUUUCGCAAUAACAGCAGACUCGAGCGUGACACUACGGGAGCAGCCGGGGUUCGAGCACGCGACGUCGGGCGGAAACGUUGUGAAAGCUGCACCGGGGACGAUGUGGCAACAGAUCGGAAUAGAGCCGGUGUAUGGGGAGCCGCUGUGUCACUGGGUAUAGAUAAGGACGGUUUUCUUUUCUGCUUGGUCGGUGCUGCGAGACGACAUUAUCAUAUUUCUUUGCAUGCGUUGCUUUUAUUUGAUGCGUUGCUUUUAGUUUUACUGCUUUUUACAGAUACAGAUGAUUUGACUGUGCCAACCCUUGUUUGUUUUCACAGGUCUGCCUCUCGAACGGCAUGCCGGGUGUGAAGGGCUGGACACUGUGGGACCGGCGCGCGUGGCACCACGAGGCAACCAGGUUGGGCAUUCACACGGGCGACAAGAACAGCAGUAAGACCCUGCACAAGGAGAUGUCGCUCGCGUUCGUGAACAUGACGCUCGCCUCCGCGCAGCAGUCGGACGCCUGGAAGUCGGUUCCGGACUUGAUGCCCAUCCAGAUUUUCAACAGCAUGAUUCGGAAAAUCGUGCAGCCUAAAUCGGCGGUCCCGCUUCGCGCCCGGUCCGGCCCGACGCUCGCGGAUUGCUGCAUCGUGACCGGCCCCGCGUUCAAGGUGGGCGAAAGUGUGUUGUGCGCGGGGCAGAUUGUGCUGGACGGCGGUUGGGUGUUCUACCAGGUGAAGCGCCGACACUACGGCGAGCUGAACCGGGAGUGCAACGGGAACGGCUGGCUCUGCGCCCGCGCGAAGGACUACGUGACCGUGGUGCUCAAGGCGUAAAGGCGUGGUGUCCUCCUGUGGGGGAAUGUAUCAAAAGAAGCUUGUCUCCGCUUUGUAUGAUUGACUGUUGUACAACUAGCUCUUUCCCCAUUGCAAUCUCCCAAUUGUAUGAAAAGCAUUUAUUCAAUUUUCUCUGGCUGACCCAAAAUGAACGGAACUACAUCUUCUGCGCAUCCAAUGUUUCUGACAUUCUUUGCUUGUAAUUCUGACCCCGUACCAUCAUAAUGAGUAGAGGCAUUGAAGCAGGAACUGCAGGAAAAGUUCAAUCCAGAAACGGAGAAGUGGCAGAGCGUGUUCGAGGCGGUCAAGCUAAAGCCUUAGGUGUGGUUGCGACUCAUACAGUC